AUGGAUACCGUCGAAUCAGCAGCCAAGCUCCGUUCUGACUUCCUUGAAGUUCUUCAUAGUCGCCGUUCUCCUGUAGUUCCACUUCAGAGACUACAUGCACUUCAGACACUACCUGCAAAACGCGUGGUGGAACCCUUAUAUCAGGGAAUACCGAUUGACUUUGAGGUAAUGAAAUCCUACCCGGAAGCACUGCUCAAUGAAGAAAACUUCUACUUACCCACUGAGGAAGGAGAGCAAGGGCGACUGCCUUGGCUACGCCCUUCACUUGAGGAUUAUGCUUCACGUGGAUAUAUUGCAAUUGCCAUUGAUUCUCGUUACCAUGGAGAACGUGCCAAAACCCACACCGCCUAUCAAGAUGCUCUUGUUUCAUCAUGGAAAAGAGGUGAUACAAUGCCAUUUAUAUAUGACACGGUGUGGGACCUUUUAAAGUUGGCAGAUUAUCUAACCGCAAGAGAAGAUAUAGACCAUUCCAAGAUAGGAAUCAAAUUUUAA